AUGGUCCUCCUCCAGUGUAUCCGCUUUCGUGUCCUGACCUAUCACUGCCUUCCAGUCCCUGUCAUCGUCCAAGCCCUGGCGAAGUAUAAGGGUGUUCUCUCCAUCCGGAUCGUUUUAACCGAAUCGGCCACACACUUUCUGGCUGGCCAAAGCCCAGAACAGCCUACAGUCUUGUCUCUUUUGCACCUGCCAAAUGUCGAUGCCGUCUACCGAGACCAAGACGAAUGGGGUCCUCAACCAUGGAAGCGCGGCGCAAACAUCCUCCAUAUCGAGUUGAGGAGAUGGGCCGACUUGAUGGUAGUAGCGCCCCUCAGCGCCAAUACGCUAGCCAAGGCCAUGUGGCGACACCCAAUCACUGAGAAACAGAUGCGUGUCCUUGAGCAAGACUGGGGCGUAAAGGAAGACGUCCAUAUUGCAGGCCGCACGAGGGCGAUUAUGGGGUGGUUUGAGGUUCUUAAGCCAAUCAGCAAAACGUUAGCUUGUGGGGACACUGGAGGUGCAAUGGCCUCGGUAGAUACCAUCUGCGAGGCUAUCGAGCAAAGAUUGGAACUGAAUGACGCUUUGGAGGCGAAAACCAUGGAGGAUGAAGAACAACGUCGGGCGCAGGCAUUAGCCAAUGAGUGA